AUACACAGAGACUUAGAGAGCGACAGAUUGUCGGGUCUAAUCCCAAACUCAGAUUAGAUUUUGAGAGACAAUCAUAAAGAAGCGAUGGAAGCUAGAGCGGUUCUUCCCCCACAACCCAGAGGGGGAGGUAAGGUGAAGAAUGUACUAGGCCAAAGAAAUCGGCAAGUUCUUGGAGACAUUGGUAAUCUAGAUGUGGUUCGUAUUGUAGAGGAAAAGCGGAUAUCUCGCCCCAUUACAAGGGGUUAUCAUGCAAAACUGUUGGCUAAUGCACAAGCUGAGGCAGAGAAGAAAAAGAACCCAGUUAUAGCACUUGUGGAUGAGAAGGUAGCGGUUAAGAGAAAAUCCGGUGCUAAGAAGGUGGCUGAAGCUCAAGAGAAGGGAACUGAGAAGCCCAAGCCUGAGACUGUAGUUGUGAUUUCUGAUGAAGAGGAAAAGGUUGACCCUGUUAGUGAAAGAAAGUCGAGAGAACGGUCCUCCAGGAAGGGAGUUAAGACUCUUACUGCGAUCCUCACUGCUCGAAGCAAGGCUGCUUCUGGAGUCACAUUUAAGCCAAAAGGUCAGGUUGUGAACAUCGAUGCCGGAGAUGAAAAUGAUGCUUUGGCAGUAGUUGAAUAUAUCGAUGACAUAUACAAGUUCUAUAAGCUCACAGAAGAUGAGAGUCAAGUACAGGAUUACAUGAACUACCAGCCAGACAUCAAUGUGAAGAUGAGGAGUAUUCUCAUAGACUGGUUGAUUGAAGUUCACAGAAGAUUUGAACUCAUGCCUGAAACCCUCUACCUUACAAUAAACAUACUUGAUCGGUACCUUUCAAUGAAGAAUGUAUCAAGGAGAGAACUUCAAUUGGUGGGCAUAGGCUCCAUACUCUUAGCCUGCAAGUAUGAAGAAAGUUACUGUAUGCAGGUACAUGACCUGGUUUGCAUAUCAGACUAUGCUUAUUCGAGUGACCAGAUACUUGUAAUGGAGAAAUCAAUUUUGGAGAAGUUGGAGUGGUAUUUAACAGUUCCUACACCAUAUGUCUUUCUGGCUCGUUAUAUCAAAGCUUCUGUUCCACCUGAUCAGGAGACUGAGAAUAUGGUAUUUUUUCUAGCUGAAUUGGGCCUUGUGCAUUAUCCAACAACCAUUUUGUACCGCCCAUCAUUGAUUGCCGCUGCAGCUGUCUACGCUGCACGCUGCACUCUCGGCAAGAGUCCUUUUUGGAGUGAAACUCUGAAGCACUACUCAGGCUACUGUGAGGAACAGAUAAUGGAUUGUGCCAAACUUUUGGUUGGCUUCCACUCAGCUGCUGCUGAAAGCAAACUCAAGGUGGUGUAUAGGAAGUACUCAAGUCCAGACAGGGGUGCUGUUGCUCAAUGUACUCCACCCAAAAGUCUUCUGCCCACAUCAUUGUGAAGAUACCAUCUUGUGUCUUGGCUACUUUUUGUACCCAAAUCACUACUCUGUAUAUCUGGUGGUGUGUUUGAAUCGGAUUUUAUGCUAGAAGAUCUGAAAUUCUUUUAUAUGUUGGAUACUUAAGACUUGAAUAAUGAUGUAUAUGCCUUUAUUUCUAGUCUUUUGCAACG